AUGGAGAAGUUAGCACAACUGCUUGUUGCUCUCAUCUUUCUACUGCUGUUGGACUUCCGCCAAAAGCUUUGUGUAGAGGCUACAGAUGAGUGCUUAGACUCGUUCAGCUUUUAUGUUGUUAAGUACUUUGGUUCUUCCUCUUUGGGUACUUUGCUUCUUUCUCCUGAGAUCACCCCCAACCAAGGUUCCGUUUCCGUUUCUGCUUGCACCGGCAGCCGCUGUCGACGCGGCUUUGAUGAACGGAAAGGUGCCGCAACCAUCUGGGUAGGUUAUUGUCCAAGCAUGGAGAACGUCAUUGAGUCGGUGCACUUGCUCUUUGACGAAGAAGCCGCUGAAGAGCAGCAGCAUAUGGAGGCUCUAGAGGCGAUUCCAGUAUUCCGGUACAAGGGGGCUGGGGAGGCGGCGCCAACUUUUGCUGAGGUGGCGCCGGCGGCGGGGCUGAUCUUCUCCGAACCGGAACUGGGGGAGUUGCUGCUUUCGCCACUGAUAUCCCGAGAGCUCAGGUGUCCCAUCUGCAAGGAUGUGCUGCGUGACCCGUGUUUCACCGUCCCCUGCGGACACGUCUUCUGCCAUGGGUGCAUAACAGAGAGCCUCAACCAGGGCUCUCGAGCGUGCCCCAUCUGCCGGACGGUCCUCGAGCGGUCCAACCCGACCGUCAGGGCGCGGACGCUCGACAACCUGCUGUCCGAAGUCAAGAUCUACUGUCAGAACGGGGUGGCCUACUCGGAGACGGAGAAGACGUGGCUGAGAGAGGAAGGGCCGUCCACGUGUCCCGAGAUCCUGAACAUCACGGACGCCCCCGACCACUUCAAGACCUGCCCCUUCCGGCUCUUGAAGUGCCAGUUCCACGCCGAGGGCUGUGCUGACGUCAUCGAGAGGCGACACGUGGCGGCCCACCACGACGCCUGCGAGUAUCGAACGGUUCGCUGCGUGUGUGGGCAGCGUGUGCGGGUUACUACGGCAGAGGCGCACGCGCAGGUGUGCCCGGCCGCGAUCGUCGCCUGUUCACAUCGCCACGUGGGCUGCACGUCCGAGUUCCGACGAGGCGAUGCGGACGACCACUUGCGGACGUGCCCGUACGAGGCGCUGAAGGAGUUGUUGUCCGAAAAGGACGCCAAGAUCGACGCGCUAACCCGGGAGUUGGAAAAGUUGCGGGUUAAGGUCGAGUCGGGUUUGUUGCCAAGGUGGGAGCUUCAAUGGUCGGGCGACACGUGGGCUGCAACAAGGGCUUGGAUAUGCACCCCGCCUGCUAGGAGGGCGGGCCCAUAAGCAAGCGGCUCGUACCAUAAGCGCUCCAGUUCAGCGCAAGGGUGUGGGCUGAGUCCCGUAGAAGCGGACUUGGGUGGCCUUUUCCUGAUACAGUUGCCGGUGAAGUGUACGGAGGGGAAAUCGAUCAGCUUUGCGGACGUCUGCAGAGCGGCAGUAUCGGUGUCUUUGGUCGCCUUAAACCCGAACAUGUGAAAGCAACCACGUGAACUGAUAACCCGGGCAGCUGGUCUUUGAACGUCCCAGUUUAAUCAGAGUUGCGCGGAAGAAUCUUGGGUACUAUGAACAGAACAAAAAAGCCAGUCCUCGGGUUGGCAGAUGGAAACGAGGUGGAGACGAGGAAUAAACAUGCCGGUCGAGCAGACUUUUUUGUUUGCAGCCAGGCAGGCUUUGUGUUUGCAGCCAGGCAGGCUUUUUAUUAUCAAGAAGGUACGAGUUGAUGUUUGAUCGAAGCGCGUGGCACUAAAGUUAGUGAGAGACCACUCCUAGGUUAUACUUUCUUCAGAAUGUAUUUGUAGGCUGCGAGGCUGCGGGUUGUGCUUGUAGCGUAGGCAAACGGUGCCCGCCAGCUAGAUCCGACAUGCACGAGUACGUUUUUGUUCAUCGGAGCCCGUCCUCGCACAAGGGGAUGCAAUCAGACUUACCUUCUUUACUAUAUUAGAGAGGGUCCCGCUGGACCGACACACACCUUCUUCCUCGUCAUAUCAACCGCCAUUUGGUUCCAAGUAUUGGAAGCAAACGCUUG